GUACAGCAGGUAAGGGAAAUGGGAAAGUUAAAAAAAAACAAACAACAUUUUUGAUGUCAGCGUUUCACUAGAUGGAUCAGGUGUAUUUUUAACAUGGUUCUGAUUCUGACAGCUUCUCUAAUAAUCGUCAUCAUCAUCAUCCCUUAGUGUGUACUGAAAUCAGACGCCCUGUCUGAGUCCCUGCUGGCUUAUCAGCAGAGGAGCUGAUCAUUCUUCAGUUUAAUGUGUGGACGACACACUAGCUGUAUGCUGAUCAAACUGAUGUCAUGGUUAAGUUUACAGAAAAGGAGCGCAGCACGAUCAGAGCUAUUUGGGAAAAGGUCAAUAUCGAUGAGGUUGGACCAGACGCUUUGGCAAGAGUUUUGAUUGUCUACCCCUGGACCGAACGGUAUUUCGGCACAUUUGGAGACAUCUUCACCGCGUCUGCUGUUUUGAAUAACGCCAAAGUGGUAGCCCAUGGCAAGGUGGUGCUGAAGGCACUGGACGAAGCAGUGAAGAACAUGGAUAACAUCAAGAAGACAUACGCUUAUCUGAGCCGGCUGCACUAUGAAGUAUUCCACGUGGAUCCCGAUAACUUCAGACUGUUGGCCGACUGCAUCACCAUUGCCAUCGCCUGCAAAGUCAAGAGUGCACUAGACCCUCAGGUCCAAGCGACCUGGAAGAAGUUUCUGUCUGCGGUGGUCGAUGCAAUGAACAGUCAGUACUACUGAAGAGCCCAACAACACACAGCUGGACAAAAUGAAUAAAUAAAUAAACUCCUAUUUAAACCCUG